AUUCGGAAGGCAGCAUUUGCUCGGAGAGGUAAUCGUUCGUGCUUUCUGCCGUUUCUGCUUUCUGUCGUUUUUCUUUUUUUCACGAGGGGCUUAUUUUUGGUGCGGGGUUUUUGAAAAAAAGGAAGCCCUCCCAAAAGAGAUCGUGUUUCUAAGCAGGGCAUGAGCAUGACGUCACCAGCCUCGGUUGCACUCCCAUACCGAUUUUCCGAUGAUCGUACUGUCAAGUUCGUGGAGCUUUACGGCCGUGAGCCAUGCCUCUGGAACAAGCGGCCCUACUUACGGCGAGCUCGGAACGCCGCCUAUCGGCGAAUUCAGGCGGGAAUUAAUGCCGAUAUUGAACCAUAUGAAACAUGUCUGACCAUCCAGGGAGUCAAGAUGAAGAUCAAGAACCUACGCACUGGGUACCACCAGGAGCUAAAAAAGAUCCGAAGCAUUUCAGGAUAUCAACCAAAGACGCCUUGGUUUGCUCCAUUGCACGGAUUUCUGGCUGAAUUCUUGGACACGAAUGACUUCGGUACCAGGAGCACUCCUCAUCUAAAACGCCUACAGAUUCGCCUCACUAGGCUAAAGCCCAUUAAGAUCCAGACCGAGAUCAAACCGGAUCCAGAUGAAAUAUCUGUUCCAGAGAUGCCAUCGGUUUCUACACCUGCUUCCUUGUUCACCGUUCUUCCAGCACCCAUGCCCAUGGAUACCCCACAGACUCCGCCUCCGUCACUGGCCAAGAUCGUUGAGAUCAAUUCGGCCCCACUUCCAGCCCCAGUUCAGAUGCCUCUUCCCUUAUCGACAGCGUGCUCCCUUUCUGAAAAAAGCGAGGUUUUGGCAAUGGGAUUGGGAUCGGCACCUGUAAGAGGAACUGGAGUUGGAUUAGGAGCUGGCUUGCGGGGCGAAGACGAAUUCACCUUCUUUGGGCUAAGUGUAGCUGCCCAAAUUCGAAAUAUGCCCUUGGCCAAUGCAAUGGUAAUACAAUCUAAAAUCCAGUAUAUGAUCUCGAUGGAGCGCCGUAAGAUUAAUGGUCACCCUAACGAUGUGGAUAUGUUUAACUAAAAACCAGUUGAAAAAGACACACCCAAGUUAUUUUAUGUUGAAAUCUUAAUAAUGUCUUUUCUAACUUUCAAGAAAUACUUUUUGCACGACUUUGUAUAAUAACAUCUUGCACUGAACGAAACCAUAUCUGUGAAUACGAUUCUAGUUAUUUGAUUGAAUAAUUUGAAAGAACUUCCUUAA